CAAAACACAAGCAGUGACAAUUAUUAGUAGUGCGUUUUGAUUUUGAAUAAGCCUGAAAUUUUUUAAUGAAAUAACAAGAACUCAAUAUUUUGGAGACCAACUAAAGAUCAUUUCGAGAAACCCAGCAGGCUGAAAUACUGUGGAUCUACUUGUCAUCAGCAUUUGGCAUUUCAGUUCUCCAUAUUACAUUUGACCGCUCUAGCCUCAACAUCGCUUUCCGAUUCAUAGCCAAAUAUCAGUCAACUGGUCAACAUGAUGCGCAUGUUCCGUUACACCAACACAGUGCAGCGUACUGCAAGGAUCAGUCACGGCCUGUGGGUCCGUAGCUAUGCCAAGGAUGUUAAGUUCGGACCGGAGGCGAGGGCCAUGAUGCUGCAGGGAGUGGACGUGCUGGCGGAUGCCGUGGCCGUGACCAUGGGACCAAAGGGACGCAACGUAAUCAUCGAGCAGAGCUGGGGAUCGCCGAAGAUUACGAAGGACGGCGUGACGGUGGCCAAGUCGAUUGCACUCAAGGACAAGUUCCAGAACAUCGGCGCCAAGCUGGUGCAGGAUGUGGCCAACAACACAAACGAGGAGGCGGGUGAUGGCACCACCACGGCCACCGUUCUGGCCCGCGCCAUUGCCAAGGAGGGAUUUGAGAAGAUUUCACGGGGUGCCAGUCCGGUGGAGAUCCGCCGCGGAGUGAUGCUGGCCAUCGAGGCGGUCAAGGACAACCUUCGCCGGUUGUCCCGACCAGUUAACACGCCCGAAGAGAUCUGCCAGGUGGCGACGAUCUCUGCGAACGGCGACAAGUCGGUAGGAAACCUCAUCAGCGAGGCCAUCAAGAAGGUGGGUCGAGACGGCGUUAUCACUGUCAAGGAUGGCAAGACCCUUUGCGACGAACUGGAGGUGAUCGAGGGCAUGAAAUUUGACCGUGGUUACAUUUCACCGUACUUCAUUAACACCUCCAAGGGAGCAAAGGUGGAGUUCCAGGAUGCGCUUCUCCUCUUUUGUGAGAAGAAAAUCAAGUCGGCACCCAGCAUCGUGCCUGCCCUGGAGUUGGCCAACGCGCAGCGCAAGCCCUUGGUCAUUAUCGCUGAGGAUUUGGAGGCGGAGGCACUCAGCACCCUGGUGGUGAACCGCCUGAAGGUGGGCCUCCAAGUGUGCGCGGUGAAGGCGCCCGGAUUUGGAGACAAUCGCAAGGAGAAUCUGAAGGACAUGGCCGUGGCCACCGGUGGCAUCGUGUUCGGAGACGAGGCCAAUAUGGUACGGCUCGAGGAUAUCAAGAUGAGUGAUUUUGGACGUGUCGGCGAGGUAGUUGUCUCAAAGGACGACACAAUGCUGCUCAAGGGCAAGGGACAGAAGGCGGAUGUGGAGAAAAGGGUCGAGGGUCUGCGCGAGGCCAUCAAGGAGUCGACUUCCUCCUACGAGAAGGAGAAGAUGCAGGAGCGUUUGGCGCGCCUCUCCUCCGGUGUGGCCUUGCUGCGAGUGGGCGGUUCCAGCGACGUGGAGGUCAGCGAGAAGAAGGAUCGAGUCAUCGAUGCCCUGAAUGCCACCCGUGCUGCCGUGGAGGAGGGAAUCGUGCCCGGUGGCGGCACCGCCCUGCUGCGUUGCAUCCAGAAGCUGAACGACUUGAAGGGCGCCAACGAGGACCAAAACAUGGGCAUCGAGAUCAUCCGGCGUGCGCUGCGCAUGCCCUGUCUCACGAUUGCCAAGAAUGCUGGCGUAGAUGGUGCAAUGGUGGUGGCCAAGGUGGAGAUCCUCGACGGUGACUAUGGCUACGAUGCCCUGAAGGGCGAGUACGGCAACAUGAUUGAGCGCGGUAUCAUCGAUCCCACCAAGGUGGUGCGCACCGCCAUCUCGGACGCAGCCGGAGUCGCCUCUCUUCUGACCACUGCCGAGGCUGUAGUUACGGAGUUGCCGUUGGAGGAGGCCGCCGCUGCUGGAGCGGCAGCUGGAUUAGGUGCUCUUGGCGGCAUGGGCAUGGGCGGUAUGGGCAUGUAAUCCUUAAUGAAUUCCUUACCACGAUUUCAUAUUCUUACCUAAAUUCAAAACACGGAAACGCUCAUGGUUUGCCACUUUCUAGCCGAGCGGUUUGCAUUACCCUUUUACAAUAUAAUUGAUGUUAAAUAUAUGUGAAAUAAGGAAUAUA